UAGGCUGCUGAUUAGCAACAAACAGAAGGUUACGAGUUUGAAAAAUCGGAUUCUUUGAUCACCGGACAGGCUUUGCGGUAAGGGGAGCGGUAUGAAUCAUGUCGGGUUUCUGAUCGGAGCUUGUUGGCUCGCUUUUGAAAGGACCCGGCGGUGAUUUACAACAUUUCGGGUAGACCGCGGAGACAACCUCGCUUUUAGGUCGUUGAAGUGGCGAUGCUGAGCUGAUAGCUGCGUCAUCAUGUUGCUUCCGACUCGAGUUGGCGAAAAGAAAUCUCAAGUUAACGCCGGAGGUGAGGCUGCCCGCCGUCAUCCAGCCCCGGAGGCCACUCCCGACCGCUGAAGUGGAUGGAAGACGGGCUGCUGGUGAGAGGUUGGCUGUGAAGCCUGUGUGCGUGGUCGCUGUGAAACCGGUGACUUUACAUCACUUGGCUCGGCGUUGUUGGCGCGUUACUCUCCUGGCUGAAUUUAUUAUCUACACUUGGAUGGACAGUCAAACAUUUCUGUUGACGUUGCGUAACGUUAGAAACCACUAAAUUGUACAAAAAUAUGACCGAACGUUUCCCAAACAUAAAGUGCAACUGUGGCAAAAUUUUAGGGAUGUUAGUCAGUUAUGUUUUGGUAGCGAGAAGUGAUGCCCGCAUUGACAGCUAGGGUACAAAGCAGGACCCUCCAAUGAAAUGCUGCUGACCCCCAUAUGAUAGUGACUUUCUUCCUAAGCGCCAGUUGAGGAAAAACAGUCCUUUGUAAGCCAUAAUGAGAGACGUUACGGUUAAUUUUAGCUAACUGACACCAACGAGGGGAGGGCUACGGAGCCCGGCUACUAGCAGGGUGUCGAAGAGUGUUUGUAGGGGCUCAUUGUUUGGUUUGGGGGUCUGUUGUUUGCUGUCACAGCAUCCACGUGUACUUUGUCUCGGGACUGUGAGUGAAGUUUGGCCCGUAGCUCCCCGCCGUGACGUACAAGGGGCGACCCGGCCGAGCAAAAGAGGGAGUGUUUUUAACUACUUCUCAGAGGAAGAGGCUUUCCAGACUGGAUAAAGUUGCAUUCUUACAUCUGAAUAUAAAACCGGUUAAAAUGGCCGGCGAUUGCACCCACACUAACACUCCCUACGCGAACCCUGGGACGUUUUGUCCGUCCAAACCCUGGUCGGAUGGAGACAGAGACAGACCCGGGGAUAUGGAGUCAGUCGGGAACUCACAAGGGCGUGCACUCCCUGCACGCUGGUCGCCCAACUUUGAGGUGAUAGACGGGCUGCUGUACCGCAAGAAGCUAGAGAGGGGCUUCAUCAACUACCGGGAGGUUUUGGAUGAGGACCGGAGACAUGAGGCCAUCUCCACCUUUCACCUACGACGGCAUGGUCAGCGCCACCUCUCCCUGGAGGAGACCUACAAAUGCGUGGCUGAAAACUACUGGUGGGAGGGGAUGUACUUCCAGAUCAGAGAUUUUGUCCUGGGCUGUCCAGAGUGUCAGAGCCAGCGCACCAACAAAACUCAGAAACUGGGUGGCAGAGGAUGUGUCACAAAGACGAUGGCAUCACACAGCGCUGACAUGCUGAGCAAGCUGAGGAGUCAGCGGGAGGCGGGGCUGUUCUGUGACAUCACCCUGCGGACAAACGGCCGAUCGUAUUCAGCCCACAGAGCUGUUCUGGCGGCCGUCAGCGAUCACUUCCAGGAAAUCUUCACAGAGAUGGACUCGAGCAUGAAAGCAGACAUAGAUCUCACCGGUUUCAGUGAGGACAGCCUUCUUUCGCUGCUGGAUUUCUCCUACUCCUCCACUCUGUGUGUUCGCCAGGAGGACCUACCUGAAGUCAUCGCCAUGGCCCGCCACCUGGGCAUGUGGCCGGCGGUGGAAGCCUGCUCUGCUCUCAUGAAGGAGCAGGAACAGCAGCUCCAUCCUGGCAAAGGCUUUACCUCAACCUGUUCUGGUGCAUGCCAUGAGCGUCAUCACCAGCAAAGGGAAAACAAAAGGAAAAAAGUUUUAGGACUAGAGGACAACAUGAACGACAGCUACAGUCUAAUGCUGGACACAUCAGAUGAUUCUUUAGAAGGGAGUCCCAGGCGCAAUUUGCGCCGAAUGGCAAAACUCCAAGGUCAUAACGGCCUCCCUCUGAGUCCCUCGCACAGGAUGAAGCUCAUGGACUUCAAAUCUCCCUCUUCCAAGAAAGUUACUAUACCUCGACACACCAUAGCCAACCUUCAGUCACAGAAUUACUCACCCAUACCUCCAUCAAACACCCGUCUUCUCCGCUCAACUCCUGGUGCUGCCAAGGAGGUUCAGAGAUUUCUGCCCGUACCAGAGAGCCCGCGACGAAACAGAAAGCCUCACUCCAUCACCCGCCUCUCUUGCACCUCCAGAUCAAGGCCCAGCGCGACGUGCAGCCCUGUUAGGGUGAAGCAGGAAGUAGAGGAGGUCGGAGAAGAUGAAGAGGAUUAUGCGAGAGCACAGGAGAAGUACAAGUUAAUGAAUGUUCUGGGGCUACAGAGGACUGCUCUCCUCCCCAGACCAGAAGAUCUAAUUGGCUGGAGACAAAAGAAACGACUGAGGAAGCUGAAGGCCAACAACUAUUCACUGACGAAGCGGCGGAAACCCCGCUCCACCUCCCCUGUUCUACCGUAUGGGGAUAUGACACUGUCGCUUCCCCUCUGUAACCCCGUUAACACCCGCCUCCUCAACAAGUCAGUGAAGGCCAAGCCUGUGGGCACAGUGAUGCCGGAACAGAUUACUGCAAAGAGGCCAAAGACCGCCGUGCGACAUAUCCCUCCAAGCGACAGGAGCAUGCGGAGUAAAGGUGUGUUGCCAGACAUGUUCCAACCUGCAUCCAGGCCUUCCUUCGGGGGGAGAGAACUCAGACGAUCAGUGAGGAAGGGUGACGGUGCCCACCUUCCUGCCCAGCAGCCUCUGCAACGGAGCACCAAAAAACCUCUUGUGAGAAACACAGUCAGGAUCAAAUCAGAACCAAUCGAAUGCUCUAUCUCAGGUCUUUCUCACAGAUCCCCACCCUCACAGAGGACACAGGCCAGAAAUAAGGUCCCUGUAGAAACAGUCAAAACGCUGCGUUAUAACAGCAGCCGACCAGCAACAAAGGCCAAGCUGAAGCGGGGCUCCGCAAGAGAGGUUAAGAAGACCAAAGGUAAGCCGAGGGAGGAAGGGAGGAAAGUGGGGAACCAGGGGAUGAGGGGGGUCAUGGAUACUAGACUGAGAGUGAAGGAUAAUGAAGCUGGUGGGCUCCAGUUACCAGAUCAUGGACCUCCACCCUCUAUCUACAACCACCCUCUGUACAAAGUCAUUAAAGAGGAGCCAGCAGACCCGGUGCCAGUUGUUGGACCUUUCCCCGAUCCUCCCUCACCGGACCUGGGCAAACGCCAGAGCAAGCCCCCCAUCAAAUUACUGGAUUCAGGCUUUCUGUUCAGCUUCUGUCGGCCAGCGGGGGGGCCCAUGGCAGGACUGAAGAAAGAGGAGGAGAGCGUGGAUAUCUGCUUAACACGCUCUGUGUCACAAGUUGGGGAGAAAUUUGGAGCUGAAGAGCCCCCCCACAGAGCACUGAGGGCCAGAGUGCCACCCACCACCCUGCCUGUGGUGAAGAGGGAGAGGGAGGAGAGGAAAGUGAGCCAAAACAGGGUUCAGAGACCCAGGGGAAACUCCCAAAACAACACUCUUCAUCUGGCCAAAUCUGCUGGGUCCAGGACCACACGGACCAUGCCAAAGCAACAAGGUAAAGUUCUCGCUCUGAGCAGCAGGAACUGUGUCGUGCUGGAUGCCGUACGACGGGCACGGCUAAAACGGCUCCGAGGGCCUCGUAGUCAAGCCCCUAAAGUCCCAAAGGCGUCCCAUGCCUGUCUGCAGUGCGCAGCCACCUACAAGGACUGUGAUGCUCUAAUCAUGCAUCGCCUCAGGCACAUCGAGGGCAAGCACUGGCCCUGUCCGCUCUGCAGCAAGACGUUCUUUCGACUAAGGAAUGUACGGAACCACAUCCGCACCCAUGACCCCAAGUUGUACAAAUGCCGGAGCUGCAUUGUUGCUGGUUCCUGAGGAGGCUGGAGGGUCUGUUCGGCUAGCGAAACUGGGGAUGAAGGCUGUCAGUGUCUGACACCAGCGAACAGAACGGAAACAAGAGGCACAUGAUCGAUCAGCAGCUUGUACAUAAUGCAUCUGUCACACACAAGCACAACGGUCUGUGGAAAGGCAUAAUUACUCUGAUUCUAAUCAUUGCCGUUGUCAGUGAUUGCUAAUGUUAUUUAAAUAACCAAACCAAGGUUGCUGUUACUGUUUGCGUUUCCAUAGCUACAGAAGGUUAAACUUGAACAUUACACUCAGGGGGCGGGGAAUGUGAUGCCACGGUAUAAAGUGAUAUAACAUCACGGUUGUGUAUAAAAUGAAAUGUAAAGUGAUUGUUAAAACUAUUACUGCAACCUAUUGUUAUCAUUAUUUUUCUAUGUAUAGAUGAAUUUCGAGUGCACUUAUAUCAUAGCUUAUGUUGUAAACCUAAGAAGUGGUAAUAAAUUGAAGGUUUGGAGUCCUCGGCAGGAAUACUUGAAGUGUUGCAGACGUUGGAGGGAAUACUUGAAGUUUGGGGCAAUCAUAGGAGUGAGACUGUCCUUUGGGUGUUUCCAGUGGGUCUUUGUCCUUUGGUGUGCUAACUUUUAAAUGAUUUGACUAGACUCCCUCCUUUCGUAUUGAUCUGCUAGUUUCACAUAGUCCAUGAGUCAAGGUUUGGACUCGGGGCUGGUCUGGUGACAUCACUGCAUGUGUAUUUGCAGGCUAUUUGUUGUCCACUGUCUUUUCUAAGGCUGCCAACUUUAAAAAGGGAAACGUGUCUCGUUUUUAAUGUGAAUUUCUGACUAGUAAUCAACACAACUGUGUCAUUACUGAUGUUUUAUUGAUCUUUUCUUCCACUUGUAUCCAGGACACUCUUGUUCUACUUCAAAUCCCCCUCCUACUGAGUAAAUGCAAUGUGUGCACAUAAAGAGAUGUUUCUUUCACAAACUGAUUUUAGAAAUAAUUGAGCUGUCUCUCGCUGUCUGUUAAAAGACUGAA